AUGGCUCGCCAGAGACAGCAAUCACAGCCAACCUCCUCAGUGAAGGAGACUGCACCUGUUGGACAUACCACUCCAUUGACGACCCCUAGUCGUGAACGACGCUCGGAUCGCACCACACCACAGGCCCGUCAUGAGACCUUCGCCACCUUUCCGGAUGUUGAAGUGACCUCCAACCCCGGUAGAGCUGGAGACGAUCCGCAGGAACCUUUCGAGCCCGAUGCCCCUCGGCGUAGUGAUUAUGCUGAGGUCCCCCAGGAUGAUGACCAAAGGUGGACUGCCGCCGAAUGGCGGGACUGGCAACGCAAUCGCUGGUCAUGGUGGGAAGAUAGCUCUUCCAUUGCCCCUUGGCCUGAAGAAGAAGAGGUGAAAUGGGAACAGUUUGAGUUUGAUGAGGUUCAAAUUCUCCCCCAAGAGUUGUUGGGUUGGUUGCUGCUGCGCCGCAGUGGUUUGCCUGCUGCCGCCCGGCUUUCGGUGCUGAGCGCCAUCAACAACAAGCUCGAUCUGGAAACCAUGGAGCGAGCAAUGAGAGAUCAAGAGGAGGAGUUGCUGAUGGCUGAACAUCAUCGUGCACCUCAUCUCGCUCGACCUCGACGUUCCUUUUGGGUCGAGCAGGACUCUGAAUGGGGCCUCCUGAACGAACCCGACAUGGAUGAGGUCGAAGAAGCUUCGAUCUACUGGGUCGGCGAUCGUUUGCCUCCUGAGGUCUAUCCUUCAUGGGAGGAACCUGCUACAGCCUGGACUUCAUGGUCACCCGAUGGCCAAGAGCUGACUUGGACCUGGCAGGAGGAUGACUUCUAUGCUCAGGACAUGGCCGGAGCCUUUUGGUCAUGGACUGAGUACAAAGAGUGGUUGGAUGCAGAAGACAUGGCACACUCCAACCCCGAUGAUUCAGAGAACAUUUUUGCUGUUUAUGCCGCCUUCCAAGAAAAGAUGAGAUCAUUUCGCGAUAGUCGGAAGUUGAACUAUGCUAAGCAGCAUUCACUGGAUGACAAUGAGACCACCGUGCUGACAGCAGAUGGUGAGGACACAGCCUCAUCAUUGGCUGCAGUGGCCGUCGAAUACCCUGGCCAUGCAGUGAUUGACUUGGGAGCGACAGAAUCCCUCACGUCAUUAGACGCCCUACAGGAGAUCAUGAACCUACGGUUGAUCAAGUUUGGAGAAGAAGAACUACCUGUGCUCUCCACCCUGCGCUUCAUGGCUAUGGCCACUCAGGGUCGCAUCCCUACGAAGGAGGAAUUGGAGUCAGCUCCAAGCACUGGGACGCCAGCAAGCCGUUCGACGACUUCGACUACAAGUUCCAAGCCUCAGCGGAAGUCCCGAAAGGACAGAACCCCGACUCCAGAGAAGUACGACCUGACCAGAACUACUGGUCCUCCCGCCGACGAUCCAAGGAGUCAGGGAUAUCCGUGCUUUGGCAACCAUGUCCCGAUGGCACCCGGGAGAGGGUCCCUGACGGGACGAAACAAGUUUGGAAUGUGGACAUGCUGCGAGAACUGCAGGCUGAGGAUUUCCUACACCCCGGCUUUCGGAGCGACAGCGCUGCGCAGACAGGCAGGUCCACUGCCUGCGGAUGUCACCACGACCAUCGAGCAGCUCGAACCCCAGAAGAUCAAGGAGGAUCCCAUGCAGCUCAAUGCCAAGUCGGUGGGCUACAAGGGAGCCGAGGAUUCGUUGCAUCGCCGCUUGAAGGAGAUCGAAGAGUCCAAGAAGAAGAAUCCACCGCGGCAACGACCAGGUGCAGCGAAGGACGCCGAGAUGCCAUCGGUCCAUGCCUCUUCGGCUCAAAAGGGAGCUCAGGUGACAGCAGAGCAGAAGAAGUCCGCCAAGAGGGAGAACGACCAGACUCCAGAGCACGAGGAAUGGUCCCUGGUGGUGAAGGAGCCGGAUUCGCCCGAGCAGGCAUCUCCCGACAAGAAUGUCAUGAAGCCGAUCAUCGAACCCCUCGAGAACCCGAUUCAGGACGAUGAGAAGUACCAGAAUGGUCGAUGUGGCUUCCUGACUGAUAGCCAGCGGACGCAGCUAUGCCUAUGUGCGGAGGAGUUCAUGGAAGAAGCUCAUUCGGCAUGGCAAGACAUCCUUCCUCCGGAAGAUGGCAUUGACCUCAUGGAGAUCUGCUACAACAUCGCCACCUCCAAGGGAGUUCAAGAGAUCAAGAACAUGAUCACUCGAUGGAAGCCAAAGCUGACAUGGUUUUCUUUGCCCUGCGGACCUUUCUCUCCCAUCCAGGAGCUCUUCAACGAGAAAGAUGACUUGGCCAAAGCCAAAAGCAUGGAGAGGAAGCAAAAGGCAAAGAAGAUGAUCAAGAAUGGUCUUGAUAUCGCCACUCAUCAACUUCAACAAGGCCGUGAUGUGGCUUGGGAGUGGCCCUCGAACAAUCGAGGAUGGAAUCUUCAGCUGGUUCGCCAACUUUGGAGCCGGCUUGAACAGACAGGUGAUCUUCAUUGUGGACACGCCAAUGGAUGCGCCUUUGGCUUGAGAGAAGAGAAGUCAGGUCUUCCCAUCAGAAAGCCCUGGUUGAUCAAAACGACCUCCAAGGUGGUGGCUCGAGCAGUUUCACGAACAUGUCCUGGCACGGCAGUUCAUCCACAUCACCAGGAAUGCAUUGGAGGUUCAGUGGCUCGCAACUCAGGCUUCUACCCUUCGGCUUUGUGCGAUGUGAUCUUCAAGGCCGUCAAAGAGAUGAAUAUAGCUGAAGCCAAUGGUGUGAUCCCAGCCUGCGCCUAUCCUCCCCUGAACGAGAAGGAGAAGCGUGGUGUCCUUCAUAUGCUUGAACGUUUGCGCAAAAAGACAGGUCACCCAUCCAAUGCUGCUUUGAGCUCAUGCCUACGACAUCGAGGUGCUCACCCAGAGGUCAUCCAACUUGCAAGCAAGCACAUUUGCCCUGAAUGUCAGGAACUACGUGCCGCACCUCUACAUCCAGCAUCUUCCCUGGAGAAAUCAGAAACUCUAUGGGAGACAUUGGUCAUCCAUGGCCUUGAGAGCACUUGGAUCUUGCACUACGGUCUUCCUGGCAAGAUCAGGAUGGAUCCAGAAGGAGCCUUCAGGUCCAAUGCACUCGGACUAUGGGCUGAAGAAAGAGGAGUCGAACUUCUUCCAUGCGCGGCGGAGGAUCAUGGUCAGAUUGGCAUCGUGGAACGCUCCAUCCAGACCAUCAAGGCCACCAUCCGCCAGAUUCUACAGGGAAGUGACUGCACUCCUUUGCAGGCCGCCGUUCAAUCGUGUCAGGCUCACAACCAGUUCGAGAAGAUCGAGGGCUACUCGCCAUUUCAGUGGGCAUUCGGCAGACAGCCGACGGUGACUGGCCGGUUCCAUGAGAAUGGGUACGACGAUCCGUACUGGACCUCAGUGAGACUUCGACACGCUUCAGAGAGAGAGAGAGCGCCUCAUUGCAGAAGGAAUGCAGGCACCUACAGCUUCCUGGACUUCCAUGACCUGGCAGCCACCCUGUUUGAGUACGAGAUCUUGGAUGAUCACCUCCUGCCAGAGGAUCUGGUCUCAAAGGGUGCGUCAGUUGGUCCAGAAAGUGGUGCACCUACAACGCCGCGACCUCGGAGAAGCUCUUCAGUGCCUAGGCUUGAACGGGCCCCAGAAGAUGCCCAGCGGACCCCAGAAGAUGUCCGAAUGAUGCAGACCCCAAAAAGAAGUGUGAAUGAGAUGCCGGCCGACGAAGGGGCACGUCAGAAGGCUAAGGCAUCAAGAACGAAAGAAGAAAAGAAGACGGAUGUUUUUCGGGAACCUUCUUCCGUAAACCCUGGAACCCCCGGUUUGGGUAGCGGUAGUGCACCUUCUAGCGGACCCCAAAGUGGGACACGCUUCCCGGUAGAUCUCGGGCGCGUCAUCCGUGAUCCUGGGUAUGACCCAGAAGCCAUGGCACAGGGCAGGAACAUGCCCGAGCUGUUUGAGCAGCCUCUGUUCAAGAAGCAGCGGACGAAGCUGGCAGCUGAGACCGACGAUGAGCUGCUGGCGCAAAGCUUCUUUUCCUCGAAAGGCGAGUUUCGCCUUGGUGACUUGGCCUGCGAGAUCGAGCUUUCUUUGCCUGUGAAAGCCAGCGAAUGGCGAUCUAUGAAGAGGGACGCCCUGUCCUUCUUUGUGAAGAAAGUGAAAGGAGCUGAAGGUCGAUGGCACGAACUCUCGCCGGAGAAAAAGGCUCUCUUCAAGACAGCCAAAGAUGCAGAGGUAUCCCAAUGGCUUGCUGCACAGGCCGUUCGAAAGGCCAUUGGACCAGGUAGGCAGGAAACGCUGGGAUAUGUCUGCUCACAUGUGGACGACUUCCUGGUGUCCGGCGACGAAGCAAAUGAAGAGUGGGUGGCCAAGAUUACAUCCUUUUACAGUCGAUUCAAAUGGUCGCCCUGGGAGUUUUCCAGCUUCACACAUUGUGGCCUGCAGAUCACGGAGCAAGAAGAUUUUAGCUUUGUUUUGAGUCACUCCAAAUUCAUCGAGGGCAUUGAACCCAUCGAGUUCGAGGCCCGACAAGAUCACGAUCCUGUGAAAGCAGAGGAGUUGACACAGCUGCGCGGUCUACAAAGCGAGAUCAGCAGUGCAACAGUUGGUACAUUGAGAGCCACGAACAAGUUGCUGCGUGAAGCAUUCCACGGUCGCCAUGUGUCAGUGCGUGUGAACCAGUUGCACGUUGGCGAUCCUGUGGAUGUUUGUUUCCUAGGUUGGUCGGAUGCGGCAUUGGCCAACCGAAAGGACCUUAGCAGCACUGGAGGCUAUGUCAUCGCCGCAGCGUCACCCAAGAUGUUGCAAGGCACCAGGAGCCCGCUGUCACUGGUGUCAUGGCGAUCGGCUCGCUUGCAGCGAAAGGCUCGUUCGUCGUUGAGCGCAGAGACCCAAGCCCUGGCGGAAUGUGAUCAAGAGUUGAUGUUCACUAGGCUGGCUUGGGCAGAGUUUUGUGGCAUCCAGGUUGAUUUGAAGCAGCCUUCACUUGCUGUGUGCCGCAUUUGUGGAGCGGUGAUCGUGGAUGCCAAAGCUUUGUACGAUGUGCUCAUCAAGCGAGACCUCAACUCCAGCGGUGCAGGUCUGAAAGACAAAUACACCGCCUUGGAAGUGUUGUGCCUCCUUGAAUCCAUUGAGCGGAAUUCAACGAUUGUGUGGUGGGUGCACAGCGAAUCACAGAUCGCUGAUGCGCUCACGAAGCCACUUCCUCCCGGGAUCUUGGAUAAGGUCAUGGUUGAGGGAUCAUGGACCCUUCGAUACGAUCCCAGCUUCACGAGUUCGAAACGACUCAAGAAGGCCGGACGCAAGAGUCCUGAGGUCGCCCCGCAAUCCGUCUCUGGUCAACACUUUUGGGGUGUCUUGGAAGACGAACAUGACAGGUACAGCCACUUGAUGUCACCUCAGGUCUUUGAAUGA